AUGGUUCCGGGGGGCCGGACUAAGGAAGGCUGCAGUGCCGGGAAGGUUUGUCAGAGCAACUGUGGCCUGUACCGGUCCAUCUCUGGUCCUCACCAUCAUCCCGCUUUGCUUCUUCGGCCAAUAUCGCCACGCUUCGGCUGGAAAAGAAGAAGGAAUCAUAAUAAAGAGGACAAUCACCAUUCUCCCCAGUCCAAAAGGAGUAAGAGAAACCCUGUCUUUCAGGAGUCUCAGGAUGCAGAGUCUUCAAGCAGUGAUAAAGACAGGAGCAGCAGCAGUGUUAAUACCCCAGAGAGAGUAAUCGGACCAGAAAGCAGCUUAAACCAGAUCGUUGCUGAACCCAACAUUAGUACACCUCAGUCCUCAUAUGAGGAGUAUGCACUAUGCCAAGGUUCUUACUCCCACAUCAACCAGAUCUUAAGGGAGGCACACUUCAACAGCCUACAGCAGCAAGGACAAUCUCCAGCAUGA